GGAAUAAUAAUAAUAAUAAUAAAACGAAGGAUGGUUUUUGUCCUCCUCCUCCUCUUGUCCUUCUUCCUCUCAAAAUUACGCCUCAAAAAAUCACGAUCCCAGAUCUAGGGUUUACCCACUCGCCAAUUGCCUUCCAUCACCGGAGCCCUACCUAUCAUGGCGGCCGUCUCCGUCGCCGGGGAGUGGCAGCUCCUGUACAACCGCUUCUACCGCAAGCUCACCAUCUACUCCAUGCAGUGGGGUCGAAUCGACCUCUCCCGCCACCGCGUCGCGGCCGCCCCUUUCGGUGGCCCCGUCGCUGCUAUCCGCGACGACUCCAAGAUCGUUCAGCUCUACGCCGAGUCCGCUCGCCGCAAACUCCUUAUCUUCAACGCCGCCGGCCGCCCCCUCGCCUCCGCCGUAUGGGACCGCCCCGGCGGGCGCCUCGUUGGAAUGGCCUGGACCGACGAUCAGGUACUCGUUUGUGUCGUCCAGGAUGGUACCGUCUACUCUUACAAUGUCCACGCCGAGCUUUGCGCUCCGCAGUUCUCCUUGGGAAAGGAGUGUUUCGAGCAGGGCGUUGUCGAGUGCGUUUUCUGGGGCAACGGCAUGGUGUGCAUUACGGAGGGGUUUCAAAUCUUCUGCGUCCCCGAUUUCAAGAAUCCGGUCCCGUGCAAGCUUGCUGAUCCGGGAAUCGAAGAGUACCCACUGUGCGUGGCCGUGAUCGAGCCGCAGUACACCAUGUCUGGAAACGUGGAAGUGCUGCUUGGUGUAGGGGAUCACGUGCUAAUAGUGGAAGAGGAUGGGGUGCAGCAGCUUGGGGUCGGCGUGGGGCCUUUCCAGAAGAUGGCCGUCUCUCAGAAUGGGAAGUAUCUUGCAACAUUCACGCACGAUGGACGUCUGCUGGUCAUCCUGACGGACUUCUCUAGGAUAAUCUUUGAAUAUCCUUGCGAGUCUUCAUUGCCUCCAGAGCAGAUAGCUUGGUGUGGGUUAGAUAGUGUGCUGCUCUAUUGGGAUGAAAAGGAGCUUCUUAUGGUGGGUCCUAAUGGAACUCCAGUGAGUUAUAUGUAUGAUGAACCCAUAAGACUCAUUCCUGAAUGUGAUGGCGUGAGGAUUCUGUCAAAUUCAAGCAUGGAGUUUCUUCAGCGAGUUCCUGACUCUACUGUUUCCAUCUUUCAAGUUGGUAGCACAUUACCAGCAGCUCUGCUAUACGACGCCCUGGAGCACUUUGAUAGGCGCAGUGCUAAGGCUGAUGAAAAUUUAAGAUUGAUUCGCUCCUCGUUGGCCGAGGCAGUUGAGGCCUGUAUUGAUGCUGCUGGGCAUGAAUUUGAUCUUUCACGCCAAAGGACAUUGUUGAGAGCUGCUAGCUAUGGUCGAGCUUUUUGCAGUCAGUUUACACGAGAUCGUUUCCAAGAAAUGUGUAAAAUACUAAGAGUACUAAAUGCUGUCCGCGACCAUGAAAUUGGAAUCCCUCUCAGCAUUCAGCAAUACAAGUUGCUCACUGCACCAGUAUUGACUGGACGCCUGAUUAAUGCCAAUCACCAUCUUGUGGCUUUGAGAAUUUCACAAUACCUUAGCCUAAACCCGGAGGUGGUUAUAAUGCAUUGGGCUUGUGCAAAGAUAACAGCUUCAUCGGCUAUUCAAGAUUCUUCACUGCUGGAGAUCUUGCUUGACAAGAUAAAGUUAUGCAAAGGCAUAUCUUAUGCAGCAAUUGCCUCUCAUGCAGACAACAGUGGGCGCAGAAAAUUAGCUGCCAUGAUCGUUGAUCAUGAACCGCGUUCAUCCAAGCAAGUUCCUUUAUUAUUGAGCAUUCAAGAGGAAGACUCUGCCUUGGUGAAAGCAAUUGAUAGUGGUGAUACUGACCUUGUUUAUCUCGUUCUUUUUCAUAUUUGGCAGAAGAAACCAGCUUUGGACUUCUUUGGAACAAUAAAUGCAAGGCCUUUAGCUCGAGAUUUGUUUAUCACAUAUUCAAGGUCUUACAAACAUGAGUUCCUGAAGGAUUUCUUUCUUUCAACAGGUCGACUCCCAGAGGUAGCUAUCCUUUUGCUAAAAGAAUCGUGGAAAUUAGAAAAGAAUCCAAUGGCAAGCAAAGGAUCUCCUCUCCAUGGUCCACGGAUUAGGCUUAUUGAGCAAGCUCAGAAGCUUUUCUCUGAAACCAAGGAACAUAACUUUGAAGCAAAAGCUGCAGAAGAGCAUGCAAAGCUGCUGAGAUUGCAGCACGACUUGGAAGUUUCCACGAAACAGGCAAUAUUUGUUGACUCUAGCAUCAGUGAUACGAUACGAACAUGCAUUGUGCUGGGAAAUCAUAGGGAGGCAGCGAGAGUAAGGGCAGAAUUUAAGGUUUCUGAGAAAAGAUGGUACUGGCUAAAAGCAUUUGCACUCGCUACAGUUAGAGACUGGGAUGCUCUAGAAAAGUUUUCAAAGGAGAAAAGGCCACCUGGCGGUUAUAAACCGUUUGUGGAAGCAUGCAUUGAUGCUGAUGAGAAAGCUGAAGCCGUCAAGUACAUUCCAAAACUUACAGAGCCAAGAGAAAGAUCGGAGGCUUAUGCACGCAUUGGAAUGGCUAAAGAAGCUGCUGAAGCUGCUUCUCAAGCUAAAGACAGCGAAGAACUAUUUGGGCGCCUCAAGCUCACACUGGCACAAAAUACGUCUGCUUCAUCCAUUUUAGACACCUUGAGGGAUCGAUUAUCCUUCCAAGGAGUCUAUUAGAGAGCCAUUUACGCACCAUGUUGGUUCCCUUUUGCGACUUCGGUGAUGUCUGUUUUAUGCCCUUCCAUCGCAGCCAGUGUGCCUAUUUUGCCCCUCGUAAUGGUUUAUUGUGUAGAAACCUUUUGUUUUAUCAUAUCUUUUGAAAUUAUUUUUGUUUUUUUUCUUUAUUUAAUAAAACAUGCCUGUUAUGGCUAACCUUGUUUUUUUGUGGGCUGUGCAUAGAUCAAAUUAUUUCAUGGAUUGAUUUUUUAUCAAUAAAAAAUUUUCCCAAUUCAAAA